CCCCAAACGACGCGACAUCACAACAGCGUCAAGUAAUUCGACUACGUCUGGCGUCAGCCUCUCCUGUUGAUUCAGUCUUGAAACUCGCAACGACCCCAGUCAUUCAAGAUGCUCUUUUUCAGCUUCUUCAAGACCCUGACUCAACAGACCGUCACCGUUGAGUUGAAAAACGACAUCUCGAUCCGUGGAACCCUCAAAUCUGUCGACCAGUACCUGAACAUAAAACUUGAUGAUGUGGUGGUUCUGGAUGAAUUGAAAUACCCCCAUCUCAGCUCGGUCAAGAACAUUUUCAUUCGUGGCUCCGUCGUGCGUUACAUUCAUCUGCCCCCGGAUAAGGUCGAUCGCUCGUUGUUAGAGGAUGCUUGUCGGAGAGAAGCUGCGGCACAAAAGAGUAAAGGAUCGUGAACGACGUCGGAUGGAGAGAGGAUCAAGGGUCAUCUCUAUUCCCGGUCUCCAUCACAGAACCGCCACGGCGCCGUCUUAAAUCGAGCGAUCUCCUGCGCCUCCUCCUGUAUACCGACCCAGCAGACCGCUCAACAUAGACAGGCAACUGUGCGAGCUAUGAGGAGCAGCUACUACUACUCCGAUGCGCCGCCGCCUCCACGACUUCAGCUCUCCCUUGCUGGGAAUCACACUAGAAGUUUGUGCUGUGCCAUGGCCUCAUAUGCGUGGAAUUGCUCACGCCCAAAUUUGAUAUCCUCUAAGCGGUCAGCUACAGGAAAUGGAGGUUGGGUUGGGAAGGAUCCAUCACACGACAGUCUCAAUCGACCGUGUGCUUGUAUCUACUCAUCUAAGAGCGUUGACUGAGUGUUAUUAUAUAUACAACCACGAUUAGUCAGGGCCAUCUCAAACGCCGUAGCGAAGAGCAC